AUGGCGGAGGUGAAAGCGAAUCCACUUGCAAUUCGCGACUUCAGCAAAGUGAUUUUGACAUUAGAAAAUGUACUUAUUCCAGAUGAUAAACUUUCUCCAACCCCUUCCAUGCAGGAUGGACUUGAUCUGGAUACAGAAACAGACUUAAGAAUCCUUGGUUGUGAACUCAUUCAGUCCGCAGGGAUUCUUUUAAAACUACCUCAAGUUGCUAUGGCUACAGGGCAGAUUCUCUACCAGCGUUUCUAUUACUCAAAGUCUUUAGUGAAGCACAAUUUUGAGGUUGUUGCAAUGGGUUGUAUAAAUUUAGCCUCAAAAAUUGAAGAAUGUCCUAGAAGAUUAAGAGAUGUAAUCAAUGUUUUCCAUCACAUCAAACAAGUGAGAAGCCAGAAGACUAUCCAUCCAUUGAUAUUAGACCAGAACUACAUAACAACCAAAAAUCAAGUCAUAAAAGCUGAGCGGCGUAUACUUAAAGAACUGGGAUUUUGUGUACAUGUACAACACCCUCACAAGGUCAUUGUGAUGUACUUGCAAGUUCUAGAAGCUGAGAAAAAUCAGAGACUUGUGCAGUGUGCAUGGAACUACAUGAAUGACAGUUUCAGAACAGAUGUAUUUGUUAGAUUCCAGCCAGAGACGAUAGCCUGUGCUUGUAUAUAUUUAGCUGCAAGACAACUACAAAUCCCACUGCCAAAUAGUCCAUCAUGGUUUGCCAUAUUUAAUGUUGAUGAACAAAACAUUCAGGAAAUCUGUCUCACUAUCUUGAAGCUUUAUGCCAGACCUAGACCAAAUCAUGAAAAACUGGAAGCAAAAGUGAAUGAGUUGAAGAAAGCACAGUUAGAAGCAAAAAAUAAAGCUAAAGGCCUCUCGUCAGAUUAUGGUACACCUAGAGAUUCCUCAAGACCCAGUUCUCCAAAAAAUGUGAGCCCCAAUCCUGCUCUACUGCAUGCUCUGAAGCGCAUCAAAGAGGAGGAUAAACACUCAGAAAAUGGAAGGAACAAUGUUAAAAAAUCAAGGUCAAGAAGCAGGGGCAGGUCCUCAUCAAGUAGGAGUAACAGCAAAAGCCCCAGGAGAAGCAGAAGACACAGCAGAUCUCGAUCUCCUCCAUCAAAGAAGCAUAAAAAGGACAAAUAUAUCAGCUCAUAUGACCGUUAUGUGUCAUCAAAAGAUCACAAACAUUCCCAUAAAAGGAAGAAACAUUCACGUUCCAGAAGUGUGAGCCUGUCUCCAAGUAGAUCUCCGGACCGGUACAAGUCCUCCAGCAGGAAAAAGUACUACAAAGACAAGGACCAUUAUUAUUCCCCAGAAAGACAUUCCACAAAACGCAGGAGAAACGGCCACUCUAGUCCAGGAAGGGAACGCUAUGAUAAAUAUAGACGAUAGCUUAGAGUACAUUCAAAUGGGCAUUAAAUUAAGGAAAACUGUCUUGCAAUAUUGAUUAUCCCCUCAAGUGCGUUUUUAUCAAUGAGUGCAUAUGUUUGUUGAGUUUUAUGGAAGGUACAUGUAGGUUAUUUUGCAUUGUUUUGUACUGAAGGAAAUUCUGAUUAAAGAUGUGUGAGUAUGAAUGAAAUUUGUCUCGUUUUAUUGAAGGCAGGUUAUAUUAUGCAUUGUUUUGUAUUGAAAGAAAUUCUGAUUUAAUAUACAUUGUAUGUGUAUGGAUGAAAGAGAUGUUUGUAUGGUAUAAAUUGUGUUGUUCUCUGACCACAAUUUAGGAUUACCAUAUCUAAAUCUGUGAUACAGUUUGCUUGAAAAUGGAAGAGUGUUAAUAAGAAUGCCUUAAUUUUUAUAAACUGCAGGGAUUUUGCAGAAUCAUGUAUUGUACAUAAGAUCUGAAAUUUUGUAUUAUUUAAAAAAUCAAUAGCUGAUGCUAUUAUGGAUGAAUAAAGAAAUAUUUUAUUGA